GCCACGCGGCCACUACCCAAUGCAUUCUCAUUGGCCACCGCGCUGGUGUGGCGAUCCCCCAGUUUUUCUGAGACUUGAAAUGCUAUCAUCACAGAAAUUCUGUGAAAAUUUUCAGCUCCAAUUAUCUGAAUUCAGAAACGGUGAUGACGUCCUUACAUUCAUGGAUUGCAACUACAGCAAAAACAAAAUCUGUUCUCACUCUCUCUUCCUCAGCAUCUUCUUCUUCUUCUUCUUCCAAUCUCUCAAAAUAUCACUUGUAUCCUUCACCAUCUUCUCCCACUCGUCUCAUCUGUCGAUGCGAAAAUCUGAACAAAGACCUCGAAUUCUUCCUCCAUGAUGCCCUCGAUGAUUCCGGAAUCGAUACCAAACAUGCUCGCAAGGCGAGAGAGGGCUUCUGCUCUCAGAUUCAGAGGUUAUCAAGUGUGGAGAGGGAGACGAGUAUUUGCAUUAAUAGAAGGGUUGAUUUGGCUAAAACAGCUCUACACAUUGGUGCCGAAGAUGAUUCAAUUAUAUCCCACUCAUCGGUGCCUCUACCAGUUGAUUCCUUUAUUGAACGAUUGGACAAUCUUUCAAUGAGUUAUUGCUCACAUAAUGGUUCAUCCUUUCGAUUUCCGCCGGAGGAAUUCCUUGCAUGUCUUGAGAGAUUUUUGUAUGGUCAUAAGGGAUUUCGAAGAAUAAAUAUCAGAAACCAGGCAGAGCCAGGGGCUUUAUAUCUCCAUUCAGUUUUGACACAUCGUUCAGGUUCAGCUGUUAUGCUUUCACUGAUUUACACAGAAGUGAUAAAAAUGCUACGUUUAUGGGGAUUUCUGGAUUUUGAUGUAGAGAUUUACUUCCCUCACGAUCUUUUGAGUCUUCCCAAAGGUUACUGUAAACAGAAAAGCAAAGCAUCUGAUCAGCCGCAUAUAAUGACAACACAGUCCCUUUUGGCGGAGAUCCUGAGAAAUCUGAAGGAAGCAUUCUGGCCAUUCCAGUCUGAUCGUACCAGGAGCCUAUUCUUGAGGGCUGCCUAUGCUGCUAACUGCAUUGAUGGAGAAAGCAUUGCAGAAGAAAGUGGUUUUGAGCUUGCAUCUGCUAAAGCUGCUCAACAUAGGCUAGACCGUGGAGUCUGGACUAGUGUACGUUACGGAGAUAUGCGACGUGCAUUAGCAGGUAAUCACUGUUUUUAAUUUUUUGUUCUUCCUUGUCUGAAGAUUCCAUUUAUGUCAAAAUUAUUUCUUUUUACUAUCCAUUAUUUGCUUAAAUUUCCUAUUGUUGGAGCCAAAAUUUGAUGACAAAGAUUGAGAAUACAGGCUUGAAAAAUUGAGAUUGACACCAUAGACAUAUGUAGUCAUAUAACAAAGAAAAACACACACACAAUGAGAUCAAGGUCAAGCACCACCACAAGUCUACAAGAACAGCCUUGUGGCCCAUAUUGUUAUUUGUUAGACACUUAUGAUGAUGUAUGGCCUAGUGGGAGGUUCCCUAUGACAUAACCUUGAUAGGUUUGUGGAGGAUAGAAAAUUAUGGGUGACUGUUAAGUUGUUUGGUGUCAUAGGUUUCAAUUUCCAUCCAUUGUUAAUUCUCAUAGUCAGUGAACCUUGGUUAUUUUAUUAAUUUUGGGUCUUUGCACUGAAAACAGGGUGGAAUUGUGUUUCUUUUGCUUGAUAAAUAGUUGUUUGGGUUAAGUUUGUUCAGGUUUAAAAUUUUUAGUUGUUUGUUUGGAGCUCUAUUUCACUUGUUUUGACUUCCCAAACCUCAUAAUAUCUAUUAUGAAGACCUAGAAUUCGAAGAAGGGUUUGGUAUUUUAGGGUCUAUUGUAAAGGGACAUUUGUUGCUUCGUUCAUGUUUAUAUUUCUUUCCGAACCCUAGAUUGUUUGAUGUGUACAAACCAUUAAUGUGAUGCCUAUAGAAGUAGAGCCCUCGUGUGGAACUAGAUGUGUUAUCUUUUACUCCUUGUUCUGGAGAGCUUUAGCUGGAACAACCAUAAAUCAAGACAUGGAAACUGUCACUGUAGCUUAAGAUGCAUAUGGUUGGGGAGAGACACUCCUUGAAUCAAGAACCAUUGUUGCAGAUAAUUGGUGAAUGGACUUCACUAACAACUAUGCAUAGAAACAGAGAAUGUAGCCGCCAAAGUUUCACAGAAGGG